UUUUCCUGGUAUUUACGCUUCCCAUUUUUUCAACCUCUCUCUUCCAAAACUCCUCAAGCCAUGGAGGCCACAAAAUGAUCUCCCAUCGCACUGGACUAUUCUGAGCCCCCAUCCUUCCCUCCCUUCCUCUCUCAACGCAUGCAUGGAUCGAUCUCACAGCAAGCUUCACGUUAAAUUCCUCCAGUCCCGGUACAUCAUCCCGACUGCCCUCGGCUUGUGUCUCAUUUUGUUCUACGGCUGUCCCUCCAAAGUAUCGGUAUCGAUGGCCACGAGCGGUGCCCAAAGUCCGCUACUUACGCAGCCACUGCCAAGAGACCGGUGCUCCGGCCGGCACAUCUACGUCCAUGACCUGCCAAGCAGGUUCAACACCGACCUGCUUCGCGACUGCCGCUCUCUCAGCCAAUGGACCGACAUGUGCCUCUUCACCUCCAACGCCGGCCUCGGCCCCCUGCUAGCCAACUCCGAGGGCAUCUUCUCCGACGCCGGGUGGUACGCCACCAAUCAGUUCGCGCUGGACGUUAUCUUCCAUAACCGGAUGAAGCGGUACAAGUGCCUGACAACGAACUCCUCCCGGGCCUCCGCCAUCUUCGUUCCGUUUUACGCCGGGCUCGAUGUUGCACGAUACCUCUGGGGCUACAACGCAUCGGUUCGGGACUCGUUGUCUCUGGACCUUGUCCGAUGGCUCAAGUCACAGCCAGAAUGGGCACCCAUGGAAGGAAAAGAUCACUUUCUUGUGGCUGGGAGGAUUACAUGGGACUUCAGAAGGCCAAGUGAGGAGAAAAAUGCUUGGGGUGGCAAGUUCUUGGUCCUUCCGGAGGCUAAGAACAUGACCGUGCUGGUGAUUGAAUCCAGUCCCUGGCACAGUAAUGAUUUUGCGAUACCGUAUCCCACCUAUUUCCACCCUUCCAAAGAUAGCGAGGUUUUUGCAUGGCAAGGCAGGAUGAAGCAGCUGGAGAGGCCUUGGUUAUUCUCUUUCGCCGGUGCCCAACGCCCGAACCAGACCACCUCGAUCCGCAGCCAACUAAUCAGUCAGUGUCGUGGGUCUCACCGGUGCAAGCUGAUGGACUGUGACUUGAACGCGAGCAAGUGCCACUCGCCGAGCAGCGUCAUGAAGACGUUCCAGAGCUCUGUGUUCUGCUUGCAGCCCCCAGGAGACUCAUACACGAGGCGGUCGGCGUUCGACUCGAUGAUCGCCGGAUGUGUGCCGGUAUUUUUCCACCCGGGGUCGGCAUACGUACAAUACUUGUGGCAUCUCCCACGGAACUAUACCAGCUACUCUGUAUUCAUAUCAGAGGAUGAGGUGAGGGAGGCGAAGGUGAGCAUAGAGCGGGUGCUGAGUAGGUUCAGCGAAGAGAAGGUGAGAGCUAUGAGGGAUGAAGUUAUUAGGCUGAUCCCGAGGUUAAUAUACGCGGAUCCUAGGUCUAGGUUGGAGAAUCUGGAAGAUGCCUUUGACGUGGCUGUGGAGGGAGUGAUUGAGAGGGCGGAGAAGCUGAGAAGGGAGAUGUUGGAUUUGGAGGGGGUUUCGUCGGCAUUUGAAGAGUGCAAUAGCUGGAAGUAUUCUUUGGUAGGGAGCGAAGAUAAGCAUGAAUGGGAUCACUUCUUUUCUAACAAGAAACGUUAAUACACAGGAACUACGUACCCAGAAGAGUGGAUACAGCACAAAUUGCUCAGAAUAUAAGCUGUCGUUAACCCUUUUUUCU